AUGGCGCUGCGAGAGCUCAAAGUGUGCCUGCUGGGGGAUACAGGUGUAGGCAAAUCAAGUAUCGUGUGGCGCUUUGUGGAAGACAGCUUUGAUCCCAACAUCAACCCAACAAUAGGGGCGUCUUUCAUGACCAAGACUGUCCAGUACCAGAAUGAGCUCCAUAAAUUCCUGAUCUGGGACACGGCAGGACAAGAGCGAUUUCGGGCCUUAGCGCCGAUGUAUUACCGAGGGUCGGCGGCUGCCAUCAUCGUCUACGAUAUCACCAAAGAGGAAACAUUUUCCACGUUGAAGAACUGGGUGAAGGAGCUGCGCCAGCACGGACCUCCUAAUAUCGUCGUUGCCAUCGCAGGAAAUAAGUGUGACCUUACCGACGUCAGAGAGGUCAUGGAGAGGGACGCCAAAGACUACGCCGACUCCAUCCACGCAGUCUUUGUAGAGACCAGUGCAAAGAACGCCAUUAACAUAAAUGAACUCUUUAUAGAAAUUAGUCGAAGAAUCCCGUCCACAGAUGCCAACCCACCGUCCGGUGGCAAGGGCUUCAAACUCCGAAGACAACCGUCAGAGCCCAGGCGGAGCUGCUGCUGA